GCCUGGGAGAGAGUUUGGGACUCUGAUGAGGCGAAGAAGAAAUCGUCCCAGGCGCGGGCCAAUCGGAUGAGCGAGCCGGCCGGAGCUGGCACUGGACCGGUUCGACAUACUGGAGGGUCGAUGUCUGCUUUGAAGCAUAAGGCUGUUUUGGCUAGGGAGCUGGGGCGCGAGCCGACACAUGCUGAGGUGCAUAAGAGGAUGCACACUCUGAAGGCUGACCCGACCCGAUUCGUGGAUGAGCGCGCGAGGAUUGCGGCUGAGCGUUUUGAGCAGGAGAUGCUGGGCGCUACACAGACAACCGAGGGGAGUACAACAUCUACCCCAGUGGAUCCGGACGAAGUUUAUCUUGCUGUUGAGGGGGUGAGGAAGCGGCGUAUCUACGGAUUAGGCUCAUUUGGUUCUGAGUACGUAGCCUCGCAGCAAGGUACUUCUAGUAGACGAGCCGGAAGCUCCUCUCAGACCAUGUCGCCAGCCGCCGAUGCGAGGUUCCGUACUGAUCUCAUCGCUCAGUUUGCGGAUACGAUCCGUGAUCAGGUCCAGAUUGCGGUUGCAGCGGCGAUGCAGCAGAUGCAGCAGCGAGCCCCGGGAGAUGUGCUACCCACUCCUCCACCACCGCCUCCACCGGCUCCACCGCCUCCACCGGCUACUGACGACGUUGUCCCAGAUGACGACGUCACAGAUUUGUAG